CUGCUCCCCGUCGUCGUCAGUCGGUCUGUUGCCGCCGCCGCGCUCGGAGCAAGGCGCUCCUUCUCCUCACCCCGCGCGCGACACGCCCUCGCCAGCCCAGCGACGCUCCACUCCCCUCGGCCCGGUUUUAACGCGAUGGUGGAUUACCACGCCGCCGGACAACCAGCUUCUUAUCAGUACGGCGGCAACGGGCCCGGCAUCGGGGACUACAUGGCUCAAGAGGACGACUGGGACCGGGACCUCCUGCUCGACCCCGCCUGGGAGAAGCAGCAGCGCAAGACUUUCACAGCAUGGUGCAAUUCCCACCUGCGGAAAGCCGGUACACAGAUUGAGAACAUUGACGAAGAUUUCCGCGAUGGCCUCAAGCUCAUGUUACUCCUCGAGGUGAUUUCAGGAGAACGGUUACCAAAACCGGAGAGAGGAAAGAUGAGGGUGCACAAGAUCAACAACGUCAACAAAGCCCUCGAUUUUAUCGCAAGCAAAGGAGUCAAACUGGUUUCCAUAGGAGCUGAAGAAAUUGUCGAUGGCAAUGCAAAGAUGACCCUCGGUAUGAUCUGGACGAUCAUCCUCAGAUUUGCCAUUCAGGAUAUCUCCGUGGAAGAAACCUCGGCCAAGGAGGGCCUGUUGCUCUGGUGCCAGAGGAAGACGGCUCCCUACAAGAACGUGAACGUGCAGAACUUCCACAUAAGCUGGAAGGAUGGCCUUGCUUUUAAUGCCUUGAUCCACAGACACAGACCAGAACUCAUUGAAUACGACAAGCUCAGAAAGGACGAUCCCGUGACAAAUCUGAACAAUGCCUUUGAGGUCGCCGAGAAAUACCUUGACAUUCCCAAGAUGCUGGAUGCGGAAGAUAUUGUAGGCACGCUCAGGCCCGAUGAGAAGGCCAUCAUGACCUACGUCUCCUGCUUCUAUCACGCUUUUUCGGGGGCUCAGAAGGCCGAGACAGCCGCAAACAGGAUUUGCAAAGUGUUGGCGGUGAACCAGGAAAACGAGCACCUGAUGGAAGACUACGAGAAGCUGGCUUCUGAUCUUCUGGAGUGGAUUCAGCGCACCAUCCCUUGGCUGGAGAACCGCGUCCCUCAGAAGACUAUGCAAGGGAUGCAGCAGAAGCUGGAGGAUUUCCGUGACUACCGGAGGGUCCACAAGCCUCCCAAGGUGCAGGAGAAGUGCCAGCUGGAGAUCAACUUCAACACCUUGCAGACCAAGCUGCGGCUGAGCAAUCGGCCGGCUUUCAUGCCUUCUGAGGGGAAGAUGGUUUCGGAUAUCAACAAUGGUUGGCAGCACUUGGAGCAGGCGGAGAAGGGUUUCGAAGAGUGGCUACUGAAUGAGAUGCGGAGGCUGGAGCGGCUGGAGCACUUGGGUCAGAAGUUCAGGCAGAAGGCAUCCAUUCACGAGUCUUGGACUGAAGGCAAAGAGGCCAUGCUGAAACAGAAGGACUACGAGACGGCCACCCUUUCGGACAUCAAAGCCCUGAUCCGGAAACACGAGGCUUUUGAGAGCGACCUGGCGGCUCAUCAGGACCGAGUGGAGCAGAUUGCGGCCAUUGCUCAGGAGCUCAAUGAGCUGGACUACUAUGACUCCCCGAGUGUCAACGCCCGUUGCCAGAAGAUCUGUGACCAGUGGGACACGCUAGGAUCCUUGACUCACACACGGAGGGAAGCUCUGGAGAAAACAGAGAAGCAGCUGGAGACCAUCGACCAGCUCCACUUGGAGUAUGCCAAGCGGGCAGCGCCCUUCAACAACUGGAUGGAGAGCGCCAUGGAGGACCUGCAAGACAUGUUCAUUGUCCACACCAUUGAGGAGAUUGAGGGCCUGAUUGCAGCCCACGACCAGUUCAAGUCCACCCUGCCUGAUGCAGACAAAGAGCGGGAAGCUAUCCUGGGCAUCCAGAGCGAAGCACAAAAGAUUGCGGAUUACAAUAACAUAAAACUCUCCGGGAACAACCCGUACACUUCGGUCACUCCACAGAUCAUCAACUCCAAGUGGGAAAGGGUGCAGCAAUUGGUGCCAAAGAGGGACCAUGCCUUGCAAGAUGAGCAGAGCAAGCAACAGUCCAAUGAACACUUGCGUCGACAGUUUGCCAGCCAGGCCAACAUUGUGGGGCCCUGGAUCCAGACUAAAAUGGAGGAGAUUGGGCGCAUUUCCAUCGAAAUGAACGGCACCUUGGAAGACCAGCUGAACCACCUCAAGCAGUACGAGCAGAGCAUCGUUGAUUACAAGCCCAACAUUGACGUCCUGGAGCAGCAGCACCAACUCAUCCAGGAGGCCCUCAUCUUUGACAACAAGCACACCAACUACACCAUGGAGCACAUUCGUGUAGGGUGGGAGCAGCUCCUCACCACCAUUGCCCGGACCAUCAAUGAGGUGGAGAACCAGAUCCUGACCCGGGACGCAAAGGGAAUCAGCCAGGAGCAGAUGCAAGAGUUCCGGGCCUCCUUCAACCACUUUGAUAAGGACCAUGGCGGCUCCCUCGGACCAGAAGAGUUCAAAGCCUGCCUCAUCAGCUUGGGAUACGAUGUGGAAAAUGACAGACAGAAGCGCACGGGGAGCAUGGACACCGAUGACUACCGAGCCCUCCUUAUCUCCACGGGAUACAGCCUGGGAGAUGCCGAGUUCAACAGGAUCAUGAGCGUUGUGGAUCCCAACAACAGUGGCGUUGUCACCUUCCAAGCCUUCAUUGACUUCAUGUCCCGGGAGACGACAGACACGGAUACGGCUGACCAAGUCAUUGCUUCCUUCAAAGUCUUAGCUGGUGACAAGAACUACAUCACGGCCGAGGAGCUGCGACGAGAGCUUCCUCCCGACCAGGCCGAGUACUGCAUCGCCCGCAUGGCACCUUACCAGGGACCCGACGCCAUCCCCGGGGCCCUUGACUACAAGUCCUUCUCCACAGCUCUGUAUGGCGAGAGCGACCUGUGAGACGGAGGCGGUAGAGGAGGAGGAGGAAGAGGAAGAGGAGGAGGAGGAGGAGGAAGCCGCGGCAACAGCAAGCGCUGGCGCUUUUGGGGGGGGGCAGGGGGAGUAACGGUUUGAUUUCCCUCCAUGCUGUAUAAUCACAGACACAGACACACACAGACACACACAGAGCAACGGGGACAUUGUCCUUCUCUUUCUUUUCUCAAUCUCUCUCUCUCUCUUUAAGGACAGAAAGCUGCCGUCACCAUGCUGGGCAAUCUUGGGAGCUGACUGAUGUAAACGUUCUUUUUAAAAAACUGAAUAUUCUGCAAACGUGGUUAGCUAUGCAACGGUCUUAAUUCUUCCCUUUACCCCAAGACAGUGAGCUCAGGGGAGAGGCUGGUGGUCUCUUCAAUUUCCUGACCAUUCUCUUUCUCUGGAUCCAAGAACAUAAAUGUCCAGAAAAAAAAUACAGCAAUUGUGACUCAAUAUAGCUUAUUUUUGUUAAAUAUAGAUCCAAUUCUAUUCCCCAUCUGCUGUCAAAGUUGGGAGACACUUUCUUUAGAUCCUUUUCUCUCACCCAAUUUUUAAAAUGAUACGUGGGUAACCAAAACCGUGCCCUAUAACAGUGGCAUGUUUGCACUCAAUGCAAUCCAGAACCAAGAUGCCUACAAUACGCCGUUCCUUUCCAAACCUUCUGCUAGCUGUGCCAGGCUGUUUGGGCAUAGCCUCUCCCUGUCUUGCCCAGGGGAAGUCCCUCAAAUCCUACUUUGCCCACCUAAUAAUACCUUCUUGCCACCUUUCACAAUGGGAUCAGCACUUUAGGGCUUCUGAUCCACGUUCUCAGUUCUGCCAUCACCCAGAAAGGGCUUCCAUUUGCCCUCUCAGUCCCAAAGGCCUUCUGUACUUAGCACCCCCUUUUAUAUAGUCUUUCGGCCCCCAUCCCUUCACCAGGCACCUUCUUGGCUUAACCUUCACCUGGUUGAUAGUUUUCAAUUUCAGUGGAACAGGCCAAUGGGACACAGAGGAGAAGGUGAGAUUUUAGGGAGGGAGCUGUUGCUUUGUGGGGUUCUUCCAACAUGGGUGCGGAGGCUGUGCCUCUCUUUGUAAGCCUUGCCGCUAGCUUUUUAUUCCUCGAUCCCUUACCGGUGAUGGAGAAACACCUACACCUGGCUUUGUAAGUCAGCCCACUCCCCACAUGGACACUUGUUUUAUAAAUAAUCUGGGAACACAUGUUUUUCAGCAAUACCGGCACAAACCAGGCAACACAAACAGGUUAUGGGUCUCUUAACUUUCUUCCAAGGGCUGGAAGUCGACCAUCUGUCAUAGAAGUUGGACCACUUCUAAAGGAUGUCUCCAUUUCCUCCCUCUUUUGGUUAGUUUGGGAUAGAUACAGUUGGAAGAGGGAUGUUUGGGUUAGACGAGAAAGAGGUGAAAUGAAAUUGGUUCCAAAAAUAGUCUUGAAUCAUGUCUGAGAUUGUGGGGAGGACCAUCCACCCCACCCCAAAUGUCCCGUUUGCGUCCUCGGACGGCGGGGAGCCGGCGACCGCGUCCGAAGCGAGUCCUUUCGGGUGCCUCACGUUCUGCUCAGCUGCUCUCUCCGCUUUCCUCAUCGGGCAGAAGCAACUCACUCGUUCUUAAGUCUUCCUCACUUUCUCUUCACUUUUGAAACGACCCUUUUAAGAAAAAAAAACCCCAUCGCUUCUCACGCUUAUAUAUAUAUAUAAAUAUAUUAUAUAUAUCUAUUUUUUUGUAAUUUCUUCAUCAUGGUGCAGGGUUUUCUGAGGACCAAAUUUAAAACGAAAGAGAACCAUGCAGAGAUCUUUUUUUAAGAAAAAAAGGAGAGAAAUUAAAAACACAGCAAAACUGUUUCAAUUUAAUAACGUCCAGAUUUAUUAUUAUUAUUAAAUAUAUAUAUAUAUUCAUCUAGCAUCGUAUAUUGCCGAUGGGUGGUGUGGCUUUUUGUUUGUCUUUUUUUUUUUUUUUUUUGCGGGGGGAUUUCUUUUCCUCGUCUUUGUCCUUUCAUCAUGUGCUUUAAUGUUAUGGCUGAUGGUAGCACUGGAAACUGUAACAUUCCCCACAUAUUUUUUUUCCCUUUGGGAUCAUCCAGCUUUCAUUUUGGUUCUCUUUUCUUCUUUUUUUGUUGUCUCGGAAAGGUUUAGCUUAUUUUAUUGCAUUCGCUACUGAAUACCUGUCUCAAGGGGCGGAUAAUUCAGCCGAUAGGGAAUAGCUGGGUUUCUGUCCACCUCCGUUCAUCAUCACGUCUUCUCUAAAACUUCCAAGCUUUCUGGGGAAACUUGCCCUCCUCCCUUCUUGGGAACAAAACAAUAAAGUGUAAUAUUUUUAAGGAUGA